AUGAGUGAACUUGAUCCAAGGCCAGCUAUUUAUAGAGAAACUGUAAAUUUAACCUUAGCUCAUAAAAUUGUAUUUGUUGAAAGGACUUUCGCCACCUCAGAAAAGUAUGUUGGAAAGAAUGCAAAAUCUUCUUACUUCCCCUCCCUUAACGAACAAACUAUUGAAAAAAUCCAUAUUUUUUGAGUAAAGCCCUUCCAUGAGGAAACAAAAAUUUGAUAUAUAAGUGAUAAUUGUUAUAAUGAAAUUUCUAUCUGAUUCUGUUUAAUUUUAAACAGCUUGAAUUAUAAAACAUACAUAUUACAAAUUAAAAUAAUAUUUGCUUUUAAAUUUUGGAUUUUUUUAAUUUCAAAAACAAAAUUAACUCCCUUCAUAUGUGAAAAAAAAUUUUUUUGUUCGCUCACGGAGGGGUUGAGUUAGCAAAAAUGACACCCAUAAAGUGCUCAAGGAAGGUCAGUCAAAUCAUAAUCAAUAUUUGACCAAGGGCUACCAGCAAGAUAUUCCAAAUUGCCAAAUCUCUAAUGAAUCAGAGAAUGGAAACAGCCCAAAUGAAAAUCAAUGUUUAUUGGAAGAAUCAAAAGAAGGCUUCGAGCAAAAAUGUAAUUAUCCUCAAAUGAAUAUCAAAUUGGCAGAUAAAGAGGCUGAAAAAAUGAAUAGCACAGAUGAAGCGCCAAACACAGCAGAAACUGAUAUUGAAAUUGAAGAAGCAAAAGAUAACAAAAAAAUUCAGAAAAAUACAGAGAACCGAAAAUGCUUUCAAUGCUGUGAAGCUUUUAAUCAAAACCACGAAUGCAAGUUCAGGCUUUGUGAUAAUUGUAAUCAGCCUGGACACUUUUUUAGAAAUUGUCCUUGGAAAUCAAUUUCAAAAUCCACCUAUGAUGGCACUCUAUGCAGUCUUUGCCAGACAAGGGGGCAUAAAGCUGCAAAUUGCAUCAAAAGGUCUUAUCCUCUCUCAAAAUCCAGUGAAUUUAGUAAUGCAAGAUGUUAUGUAUGCAAGAAAGUUGGCCAUCUAAACUGUACGGUAGAAGAUGUCGCCAGCUCUUCAGAGUCAGACUCAUCAAGUGAUGGAUAA